AUGAAUCUCCAGGAGAAGCUCGUGAAGAGCUCCAAUGAGGCGCUGGCCCAGCGACGCACGUACUGGACGUUCAUGCGGGCGCUGCUGUGGAAGAACUGGCUUAUUAAGAACCACCAACCUGUUGCGACCGCGUGCGAGAUCCUCGUGCCAACCUUCUUCAUCCUGCUACUUGGGGCGCUCAAGUUGAUCACCAAGACAGUCGACGUUCCUGCAGGCUGGAGUGAUGACGCCGACAACACUGCGGGCACCAGCUACAACCUGUUCCAGCCCACGGGUCAAACCAUCGAGUGGGUCGACGCCGAUCUGCCCAAGUUCGCGCUGCACGAGUCCACCAUGACCGGCCUGAUGCUCAAGCUCGGGCGUCAGUCCGUUGACGACGGCCUGCGCCUGGAAGAGCUCUCUGCGUCCGCCUUCGCUGCAUGCUCUACAGGAGUGAUGUCUGGAGGACUGGUCGACACGAACUCGUCGUCGCCCUACAGCAUUCCGACUGAAUGUGGCGGCAAGGUCGUGCCCUACAAGAUCGGCAUCGCCCCCGACAACGCCUUCACUCGCAACUACUUCGCCGAGGCGAUGGACUUGUGGUACCCGCGUGUCGAUCUCCUGAACUCGACGAGCCAGUCUCUUACGGUUCCGUCAUUCAAGGAAAGCAUCCACUUCUUCGACUCGAACGACGCGCUGACGGAGUACGUCACGAGCGACAACUACGGCGACAACCUCGAGAACCCCAAGAUCUUCGCCGCCAUUUUGUUUGACUCUGCUCCGUCGGGGGACGACAUCGGAACGUUUGCGUCCAUCGACUCUCUGGCCGAUGUGGAGUCGUUCCAGAAGGACAUCGUGACGGAUUACUACUCGACGUAUACCGUGACGGGGUUCAUGACGCUGCAGACCCUCGUCACUCGCUUUGUGACCUGCAUGCCCGAGUGGAGCUCGGCCAACCAGUCCACUACAGGCAUUUGCCAACGUCCUCAGACUACCACCUUGCCCUCGUCCGAGCUCGAUACCACGCUUCUGAAUGCUUUCAGCGAGGACGGUUUGAUCCUUGAGGCCAUGAGUUCGUUCAGUGGAGCAAACGUUUCGAGUAUUUUGGCUGGGCUCUCCAACAGCACGAAGGAAGCUUUGCUGAUGCCUCUGCGCCAAGCUCCGCAGUCUGUACUGGGCGCUACCGUUGCGCCAUUCCCCGUCGACGACUACACCAGCUCGCCCUUCUACGCGAAUGUUGCAACGGUCUUCUCGAUCGUCUUCAUCAUGGCGUACCUGUUCACGAUCUCGCGCAUCCUCGUGGUGCUCAUCCAAGAGAAGGAACUGCGUCUACGCGAGUUCAUGAAGAUCCUUGGCGUGACCGAGAAGACUAUCAUCUUGACGUGGUACAUCACGUACGCGGCUAUCCUCUUUGUCGGCGCGGUCGUCCAGGCGCUUGCUGGUCUGGCUGGGCUCUUCCCGAACAGCUCGCUGAUCGUCACCUUCCUGUUCUUCUUCCUGUUUGGACUGAGCGUCUUGGCGCUGGCGUUCCUCAUCAGCACACUAUUCAGCAAGGCUCGUGUGGGCGCGUUCGUGGGCAUGGUGGCUUUCUUUGCUAUGUACGUCAUCUCACAAGGAUAUUCCGACGGCACGGCUGAGAGUUCAAAGCGCAUAGGCUCGGUGUUUUCCCCAGUGGCGCUGUCACUUGGCGUCAAUGUACUGGCGAACGCUGAGAAGACCGGGGAAGGCGUGCAGCUCUCGACGAUGGACACGCUCAGCGAUAACUACCGCCUGAGCACAGCAAUCCUGAUGUUUGCCUUCGAUACGGUGCUCUACACUGUGCUUGGUCUGUACUUCUCGAAGGUGAUGCCCAAGGAGUACGGCACGUCCCUCAAAUGGUACUUCCCGGUGUCACCUUCGUACUGGCGGAGCCGCAAGCAGCGCCAAGUGACGAUCGAUGAACCGGCCGACACCCUGACGGAUAACCUCCUGUUGGAUUUGGAUCCAAAUUUCGAACCUGUGAGCUCAGACCUCCGUGAUCAAAAGCAUCGCGGCGAGGCGCUCACUGUGCAGCGACUUCGCAAGGUGUUCCAGGUCCCUGGAGGCGAGAAGGUGGCGGUCAAGGGACUCGAUGUCACCAUGUACAAGGACCAGAUCACCUGUUUGCUGGGUCACAACGGUGCCGGCAAGACCACGCUGAUCUCCAUGCUCACUGGUAUGACUGCCCCCUCCAGCGGAAACGCUACCUACCGCGGCAUGUCGAUCAACGAAGACAUGGACGAGAUGCGCCAGUCGCUCGGCAUUUGCUUCCAGCACGACGUCUUGUUCCCUGAGCUGUCGGUCCAGGAGCACCUGCAGUUCUUCGGACAGAUCAAGGGCUACGCGGACGAAGAGCUGCAGGCUGUGGUCGACCGUCAGAUCCGCGAGGUCGGCUUGACGGAGAAGCGCAACUCGAAACCCAACGACCUGUCUGGCGGUAUGAAGCGCAAGCUGUCGGUGGCUGUGUCGCUGCUCGGUGACAGCUCGCUGGUGUUCCUGGACGAGCCCACGUCUGGCAUGGACCCGUACAGCCGUCGCAGCACGUGGGAAAUUCUGCUGAACAACCGCAACGACCGCGUGAUGGUGUUGACGACGCACUUCAUGGACGAAGCUGACAUCCUGGGCGACCGCAUCGCCAUCAUGGCGGAAGGCGAGAUACGCUGCUGUGGCUCGUCGCUCUUCCUGAAGAACCGCUUCGGUGCGGGCUACAACUUGACCCUCGUGAAGGACGACGCCAUGUGUGACGAUGAUGCCGUGGCUGCUUUUGUGAAUUCGUAUGUCCCCUCUGCGCAGCUUCUGAGCAACGUCGGCAGCGAGAUCGCGUUCCAGCUCCCGCUUCAGAGCUCCUCGAGCUUUGCCGCCAUGUUUGCCGAGAUGGACCGUCAGUUGCAGUUGCUGGGUCUCCUGUCUUAUGGCGUGUCCGUGACUACGUUGGAGGAGGUGUUCAUCAAGGUGGCGGAGCUGGCCGACGAGAACAACCAGCACACUCUGGGCAACAAUGCGCGACGGGAUGCAUCGGACUCGGGAGAAUAUUAUCAACCAUGCGACGAGAUCAUCACAACGGAGUCGAUGUUCCAGAGGCACCUGCGUGCUCUUGUCCUGAAGCGCUUCCGCUAUGCCAAGCGUGACAAGAAGGCCAUCAUCUAUGUCGCUGCAUUGCCCGUUUUACUCAUUGCUGCUGGAUUGGGGAUCCUCAAGGGAAGUUUGGAGAUCAGUGAUGACCCUCUCAAGGCUCUGAUGACGGACGCAUUCUCCGGAAGCGCGACGCCGACGCCCUACUUCUGCCAGGCCGGAGGUGGCGCCGGAGAAUGGUGUAGCGAGGUGAUGGCGUCUUCUUAUUACUCCGGGGCUAGCGCGCAGUCACUGUCGAUUUCGGAACCGGCAUUUGACUCGGAUUCCCCCACAGUAUUCGGCGUCACUUACACGGAUCCAACCAUCAAUGCGAGCGGCGCGACCGGGUACAGCGUUGCAUUGGGGCAGCAGAUCUACGAGCGUGGAUAUGGCAAGGGUGCUGAUCUCGUGGAGGGGCCAAACUUGUUUGGUUACAACGUGUUCACGAACACGACGGCUUCGCACUCAUCGGCGAUUUUCAAGGCGUUGAUGGACCAGGCUGUGUAUCGCUUCUUCGCGGCAAACAGCUCGAGCGAAACGGGAACCUCGACCGUGAACCUGAAGGUGAACAAUCAUCCGCUGCCGUACACUGCCGCGACCGAGACUGUGCUGGGCUCCAACUCGUCCUUUACAGCGUCUCUCUUCAUUUGUAUCGCAUUCACGUUCCUGCCGGCGUCGAUUGUGGUGUUUUUGGUCAAGGAGAAGCAGGCUUCGCACAACUCGAAGCACCAGCAGCUCGUGUCCGGAGUUUCGCUACCGGCAUUUUGGCUGUCCAACUACAUCUGGGACUUUGUGAUGUAUAUGGUGCCUGGCGUGUGCGCUUUGAUCUUGAUCGUCGUGUUCAACGUCGCUGCCCUGACGGGUCAGGACUGCGACAGCUGCUCGUCUGCCACGUUCCCUUCGGUGAUCCUGUUGUUUAUCCUCUUCGGCCUCGCAAUCUGCCCCUUCACAUACUGCCUUUCAUUCCUGUUCAAGGAACACGCGUCUGCGCAAACGUACACGAUCGUGCUCAACUUCAUGAUUGGCGUUGUGCUCAUGAUCACGUCCUUCAUCCUGGACUUGUUUGGCUCGACUGCCGACGUCAACUCGGUCCUGAAGUUCUUCUGGCGCUUCUCUCCGCUUUUCAAUCUGGGUAACGCGCUGAUGAGCAUGGUAACGGCGGAUGUUGACAGCGUUCAGUACAGCGAAUCCGGCAAGACCAGCCCGCUCAGCGGAGACGUCAUGGGCUGGGAACUGCUCUACCUUGCGAUGACUGCUAUCGGCUACAUGAGCCUCACUGUGUACAUCGACUACUCUAAGACAUUUGCGAAGAAGAAGCACGACACUCAAAGCCCCAUCAGCUUCGAGGACGCCCAGAAUAUCGAUGAACAUGUCGAGAAGGAAGCGCAACGAGUUGCCAAUGGCGAAGCCGACGGAGACGCGGUGAAGCUCAUGGGACUCCGCAAGGUCUACCCUGGCGGCAAGGUAGCUGUGCGCAACCUCUCGUUUGGUUUGAAGCGCGGUGAGUGCUUCGGCUUCCUCGGUAUCAACGGAGCCGGCAAAACCACAACGAUGAAGAUGCUCACGGGUGACGUCCAGCCGACACAUGGCACAGCCACGCUCAACGGCUUCGACAUCCUCUCGCAGCAGAUUGAAGUGCGUCGCCAGAUCGGAUACUGCCCCCAGUUCGACGCCUUGUUCGACUUGCUCAGCGUCCGCGAGCACCUGGAGCUCUUCGGUGCGAUCAAGGGCAUUCCACGAGACUCACUGGAGCGCGUCGUGAUGGAGAAGAUCCAGCAGCUCAACCUCGGUGACUUCGAGCACAAGCUCGCUGGCAGUCUCAGUGGCGGCAACAAGCGCAAGCUGUCCGUGGCCAUCGCCAUGAUCGGCAACCCGGCCAUCAUCUUUCUGGACGAGCCUUCCACCGGCAUGGACCCGGUUAGUCGACGAUUUAUGUGGGACGUCAUCGCGGAUAUUUCGACUCGCGGCAAGGAGUCGACGAUCGUGCUCACCACUCACAGCAUGGAGGAGUGCGAGGCGCUGUGCUCUCGCGUCGGUAUCAUGGUCGGUGGUCGGCUCCGCUGCUUGGGCAGUGUGCAGCACCUCAAAUCUCGGUUCGGCGAUGGCCUCGUGUUCGACGUGAAGCUCGACAUGCCGACGGCGGACGAGUUGGAGUAUCUGGUCCAGCGCAUCUUCGGCACCGACAGCGAAUUUGUCACUCCCAUGGAACUGGAAGACAAGUGCCGCGCGUUCGGUAACGCCCAGUUCGCCGAGCGAGUCGAUGCUUCUCACCCGACUGGCUACAGUCUGGCCGCCGCCAUGGAGCGCGACGGGUUCGUCCGCGCCGAGGCCUUCUGCUCUUGGUGCGUCGAGGAAACGCGCUUCGACGCGCUGAACGACUACCUUGUACGGGCCUUCGGAUCGGGACAAGUGCAGGUGAUGGAGCGCCAGAACGACUUCGCGCGCUUCAAGGUGCGCAGCCACAACAACGAGGUAAAGCUGUCCAAGAUGUUCGCGCUCGUCGAAGAUGUCAAGACCAAGAUGCACAUCCGCGAGUACAGCGUCUCGCAGACGACACUGGAGCAGAUCUUCAACUCGUUCGCGAGCCAGCAGGAGGAGGAGCAGGGCGUCGCUCGCGGUGUUUUCCAGGGCCAAUGA